AUGACAACGAAAACAGAAAUUUCCUCCGAAACCAUACCAAGCAUCAAGCCAACAUUAGACGAAUUCAUCGAAGGAGCUGUCAAUGCUACUAAUAACGCAUUAUCACCUAUUAUCCCAAUGCUUGGAGUUGUUACCUCUUUAAUAAAUGAAAUAUUUAUAAUCCAUGAGAAUGCACAAUUCAAUAAAAGAAUGACCAAAUCUAUAAUUAAUCGCAUUUUAUCCGUCGAAAUUACCAUAAAAUCUCUAAACUCACAGACAAAAUACAGCGAAAAAUUUCAAGACUUGCAGCAUCAAGAAUCAUUUGUAAAAUUUCAAGCUACCCUGAAGAAGAUUAAAAUGUUUGUAGAAACUGAUACACAAGCGCCUCUUUAUCAAGAGAUAUGUAACGUUAAAAACCAACUCGAAAAAACAAAAUACUUGAGUCUACAAAUCGAUCCAACCUUGCUAAAGGAUUCGACACUUAGCCGCAAAUCAGAUUGUCGUAGUAAAUUAAAACAAGUCACAAAAAUGGUCUAUAAAGGUUUUAUCGAAGUAGCGUGCAAAUCACGUGACUCAGAGGACCAAAGGUUUCACCGUGAGUUAUUAAUUCUGGGAAAACUGGAUAAAUGCCAGAAUGUUGAAAAAUUCUACGGGUUUUCUAAGAUUGAUGGUAAAGAAGUUAUGGUUUUUGAGUGGGUUGAAAUGGGAAAUUUGGAAGAGAUCUAUAAUAAAGAACGCAUUUCUUGGAGUUUGAAAGCUCGAAUUGUGUUUGAAAUUUGCAAAGGGAUCAUGUUUUUGGGCUCUGUUGGCAUUUUUCACAAUGAUAUUCGAUGUGAGAACAUAAUGAUGUCACGCUUUAUGGAACCGAAACUCGCAAAUUUUCAUUCUGCUAUACUGCAUAAUGAGACAAACAUAGAAAUAAAUCAACCAAUAGAUGCUAUUAAUUGGAUGGCUCCCGAAAAAAUGCGUAAAUUAUUGAAAGAAUCUGAGAUUUCUGACCAAAUUCCAUAUAGCCAAAAAGGUGAAACUUUCAG